AUGAAGAAGCUUUUCAGCUUCUGGAGGAGGAAGGUUGACUUAGCCGGCCACUGCUCAGACCUGCCCACAGGCUGGGGCUACAACCUUCAAGACAAGAGUUUAAGGAAAUUUCACAAAGCUGCUUUAGUCGGGGAUUUGGAGAAGCUGAAGGACUACCUUCAGCUCAAGAAAUGUGAUGUGAACAUGCGGGAUAAAAAAUACAGAACACCUUUACACUUGGCCUGUGCUAAUGUAUCUAUCGUAACUGAGAAACCAUGCAAAAUAAAUGUCCAGGAUAGUGAAAACAGAUCUGCAUUGAUUAAGGCAGUCCAGCAUCAAAAGGAAAAAUGUGCUACUAUUCUUCUAAACUAUGGUGCAGACCCAAAUCUGGUGGAUUUUCAUUAUAAUACUGUUCUUCAUUAUGCUGUCUGUGGUCAAAAUGUCUCAUUAGUUGAGAAAUUGCUUGAACACAAAGCUGAUCUUGAAUCUAAAAAUGAGGAUGGGUAUACUCCACUUUUACUUGCCGUUAUUGAAAAAAAUGCCACAAUGGUAAAAUUUCUGCUGAAGAAAGGAGCAGAUGUGAAUGCUUCUGAUAAAAAUCAAAGAACAGCUCUUAUGAUUGCUCUCAGUGAUGAACCAACAAAUUUGGUAAAUAUUCUUCUUCAGCAAGAUGUGGAGCUAUCUUGCCAAGAUAUUUAUGGAUUCACAGCUGAGGAAUAUGCAUCUUUUAAUGGCUUUACUAUAUACCAUCAAUUGAUUGCUAAUUAUGGAAAAGAGAAGGAAGUUAAACAGACAUCUUUCUCUGAAGUUACAACCUUGGGCACUCCACGUGGUACAGAAGAAAUGAAGGAAGCUCAAAAUAACCCUUACGUCAAAGUGGCAUAUUUUGGGGUAUCAUAUUUUGAACCCCUUCAUGAAAAUACGGAAAGUGGUUCCCUUGGAGAAUUUGUCCAUACCGAAGAGUCUCAAUAA